AACUGACGUGUCUUUGAUAAGCAGUGCAUCUGUGCAUGUGCCACGUUGUCGGGAACUCUACUGCUGAGGCGACCUUUCAUUCAUUCAUUUCCUCUAAGCCAUGGCUGGACUUAAUGCAUCUCUUGGAUACUUUGUAGCUGUUGUGAUUUUUACAGCCUCGGUUAAAAUACUGCUGAGAAAAUGGCCGCGGUUCAGCUUUGUUUCUGAGUUUGCCUCCUCUUUCAUGCUGGUGGCAUGUUGGCUGGAGGUGCAGACCAUAGUGGAGGUGGGCGCGUGGGCCGGUGGUCUGGGUCCUGAUGUGACCGUAACCAUGCUGUUUGUGUUGUUGCUAACUCACGGCAUCAUCUGUGGCGGAGCGUCGGGGAAUCCCAGCCUGGUUGUGCAGACGUUCCUGCAGCUAGAGGCCCCAGUCCUGCCUACUGUGUUUGCUGUUGCAGCCCAGUUUGUUGGAGCUCACCUGGCCCUCCUUGCAGCUGGGUACUACUGGAGCCUGGAGCUGACAGACAUGCACAUGAUCAAGAACCUGAUGUCUGUUUCCUGCAGCACAUCACUUCUGGUCCCAGUUUCUCAGGGUUUCUUUACUGAAAGUGCCUGUGCAUUCAUCUUUCAUCUCAUCCAAUUGAACCUGCGACGUAGAUCUGCUCUGAUCCGGGUGCCUCUGACGGCAGUGCUCCUCACAUUCUUGUCUCAUACUGCCAGAGGAUACACCUCCGCCUUCAUGAACCCAUCUCUGGCCUAUGGAGUCACCUUCCACUGUCCUGGAUUUACCCUCAGAGAAUAUGCUGUGGUCUACUGGCUUAGCUCCGUCACUGGCCUGACCUUUGCUCUGCUCCUCUACAUGGGCCAUAUUCCAAGGCUUUUUGCCAGAAAUCUCCUCUACUGCCAGAAGACCCGCUUCAGAGUGCCAAAAGGAGACAAAGCAGAAAAGAAGAAAAAGUGAAAUACUGUCCCCCCCCCCCCCCCCGAAAAAAACCCGAACAACUACAAAUAGAAAGAAAUCUUACAAGAUGUUUAUUUCAAAUAGAAACUCUGAACCAAAAUGUAAAAUAUUUAGGAUGUGAACGACUCAUUUCUCAAGUCCAUUUUCAACUAAAAUAUGUUAAUUUCUAACGUAUACAUUAGGUUAGAUCACAACAGCAGUGUGAGGAAAAUGAGUUCAAACAGAAUAACUGGACAUCUGUGACAAUAGCAUUUUAUUAAACGCAUCCGUAAAUGAAGAGAGGACCUGCUGCUGCUGCUGCUGCUAUGUGCUGGCAGAUCUCUGAGCAGCAGGAAUUUUAGAAGAAUCAGGCUUUGGGUCUUCCGGCUGGAUUUUAGCUGUUGUGGAUGACUCUGUGAAAAAAACAGACAUAAGUCACAUCAAGUGCUUUUCUUUGAAGCCAGUCUAGCAAUUAAGGUGUAUUGUUUUAAUCAGCUGCUUUUGUAGAUUUUAAAACUCUUCUGCAAAGAUGUCAAUUGAUGUUUAUUGUCUCACCCGGCUGCUCCUGCUGAGCCUCGGGUCUGUCCACCCAUAAACUAUAAUCAGGAUUA